AUACUAACCCUCGAGAAUGAUGGGGGGAUAUAUCACGUGAGGAGCGUAACUCGUUCACAAUACCUCACGUGAUGGUUCCUGAAUUUUUACCCUUUGAGGUCUAGAACCGAUAUUGCGUUGAACCCGAAAGACCAGAACUUUUAGGAUCUUUGAAUCAUUUUCCAAAACUUGACAAAUCCUCCACUGGGCUAGAUUCCAAGUCUCCAAUCUGUAAAGGACGACCAUACCGACGACGAGAGAUUGUGGGCCAGGAAAUCUUCAUCAAAGGAUAUCUCUUGCACGCACGCCAAGUGAUAUCUGACUCACCAACACCGCCAGCUACCACAACUACCACCACCAGCCCUCUCGUCCCACAGACACAAACACAGUCACCGGAACAUCUAACCAUGUCGACCUUCGGAGAAUAUUUCCGAGUGACGACAUAUGGAGAGUCGCACUGCCGUAGUGUCGGCUGCAUCGUCGAUGGUGUACCUCCCGGCAUGCAAUUGACUGAAGCCGAUAUUCAACCUCAGAUGACAAGACGUCGACCGGGGCAAUCAGCACUGACGACACCACGUAACGAAAAGGACCGAGUUGAGAUCCAAUCCGGCACUGAAUUUGGUGUCACUUUGGGAACGCCCAUCGGAUUGAUUGUCAGGAACGAGGAUCAGAGACCAAAGGACUAUGGAAACAAAACUAUGGAUCUCUACCCCAGACCGAGUCAUGCUGAUUUCACUUAUUUGGAAAAAUAUGGUGUCAAGGCAAGUUCAGGAGGUGGUCGAAGUAGUGCGCGGGAAACUAUUGGCAGAGUAGCAGCAGGUGCAAUUGCAGAGAAAUACCUGUCGCUGGCGCAUGGUGUGGAGAUUGUGGCUUUUGUGUCAUCGGUCGGAUCGGAGCAUCUUUUCCCUCCCACGGUAGAGCAUCCCACACCUGCGACAAACCCCGAGUUUCUGUCUCUUAUUUCAAGCAUCACAAGGGAACAAGUCGACUCGUUUGUGCCAGUGCGGUGUCCCAACGCUGAAGCCUCAGCACGAAUGACCAAGGUGAUUGAGAAAUUCCGAGAUGCUGAGGACAGCAUUGGAGGGACCGUGACUUGUGUGAUUCGUAACGUACCAAUUGGGCUGGGAGAGCCUUGCUUUGACAAACUUGAAGCAACACUUGCACACGCCAUGCUCAGCAUUCCCGCCACCAAAGGAUUCGAGAUUGGGUCAGGAUUCGGGGGGUGCGAAGUUCCAGGAUCAAUACAUAAUGACCCAUUUAUCGCCGCUACGGGGGAGAAGGCAGGCCGCUCUAAAUUGAUGACCAAGACAAACAACUCGGGCGGCAUCCAAGGUGGAAUCUCGAAUGGUCAAGAUAUUUAUUUCCGAAUCGCAUUCAAGCCACCUGCAACAAUUGGCCAGGCUCAGCAAACGGCCACAUGGGAUGCUGAGGAGGGGACACUGGCAGCCAAGGGAAGACACGACCCAUGUGUGGUUCCUAGAGCAGUCCCCAUUGUGGAAGCCAUGUCAGCACUAGUAUUGAUCGAUGCUCUCAUGGCACAACAAGCUCGUGAGACGGCAAGGAGUCUAUUACCGCCUCUCAAGACAACAUUGCCUACGAAAGAGACUGGGACAUCGACUAGUCUGGAAAAAGUCGAGCAACGGUUGAAUGGCACUAAUUAAGCCUCUCAAUGGUGAGGACAGUGGCGCAUGAGCUUCCCCUGAGAUAAAUAAAAGCGUGUAACAGAAUAGGUAGACAAAAUAAAUCAUUCCCAGGAUGAGUAGCCAUGGAACUAA